UAUUGAAAUGCCUUUAAGUUUAUGAAGAAAAAUCAUUUACAGAAUUUUUACCCAGUUGUCAAAAAUCUUAGUGUUAAAGAAACUUGAUUAUUCAAAAAAAAUUCAUGUGAAACAAGUGACAACUUGCUUACACUAACAGUAAUAGGUGACUUAAUUUAUAUUCAAUUCACAGGGCCAGAAGACUAUUUACAUAAGACAUGUCAUUUACCAACUCAUUUUUGCUCUUUUUGGGUAAAUUUACACAGUUGUUUUAAAAAAUAAUUUCAACACGUUCAAAUUUUCGGUAACAAAAUCAAUUAUGCUCCACUACCUGAUUAAAAGGCUGAAUGGUCAAAAAAACAAAGAAAUCAGUGGUUAACAAAAUGUUACCAAGGAACAUUUGGUUUCCAAUACAAUACAGUAUAUCAUAUAAUACCAGUAACUUUUACUGGCUGUUAAUUAGUGUCUCACAGGUUUACACUUUUAAACUUACUUAAUCCUAACAAAACUCUUAAGACCAGCACUAUUACUCUGAUUUUAUAAGUGAGGAAAAUGAAGCACAAAGACAAGAAACCUAGCUGAAGGUCAAACAGCUUUGUGAAGCUGGUAUUCAAAACCAGGCAUACUCUUAACCAAUAGAAAAUUACUUUAUCUUACUGUCAUUCUCCUCACCCAAAAUGAUAUAUGUAAAAAUAGAUGGAAAAAGGGAAAUGUAGCUAAGUGAAAUGACAAAUAAUUUAAAAUUUCUUACACUGAUACUGUAUUACAUGUUAUUUGAGAAAACUGAAUAUUCCUUUAGUAAUAAAUUGCUUUGUCCAGCAUUUUUUUCAGGCUCUCUAGAGCUCUUUUACACUUUUCCUAAGCACUUACAAACUCAUAAUCACCUCACAUAAAGACCACAAUUUAAAAAUCAGACAAGUAUAACUUAAAAAGUCUAUGAGAAAAUAAUCAUUUUAAAGCUACCAGAUGUUUAUCUCAAUUAUUGAAAUAGGAAGAAAACUUCAAAUCACCUAAAUAGCCAACAGUACAUUCCUACAACAUAAUCCUAUGGAGCCAGGAAAAAUGUCCCAAAAGACUACUGAGUCUCUGAUAAAAGACAAAACUUGUUCAUAGUGUAUUAAGUGAAAAAAACAGUAUCAUUUCACAGAAUACGUGUGUGAAUCUGCACACACAAGAAAAACAUUCACAUUAAGAACAUCAAUGACUGUGGGGUUUUUUCAAUUUUUUCUAAAUUAUGACUAUUUUCUAAUACAAAAACUGACUUUUUAAAGGUAUUAAAAACAAGGCAUUUCAAUAAGCAAACACAAUUACUGCAUGCAACUAAAAGCUUUCAGAAAAAUUAUAUUCCCUUUCUCUGGUCUUUUCUCAUCACCCAUCACCCUAAAAACACUAGCACGUAACAAAAUUUUAGGAAGCAAUGAAAUGAGUGGGCGGUCCUAUUUCCCACUUAAAAAACAACAUAUUCUGCAAAAAUAAUACUUCUAACAAUACUAUCUCACCGCACCAAUAACUGUUAAUCUGAGUGCUUAUUUACAAUCACAUAUUCGGGUCAUCUUCAAAUUCACAUAUUGCGCUUACUCUCAACUUUUAAAAUACAACUACCGAAAACGUUUCAACUCAGAAUAUUUGUUAUUAAAGCAAAAAUACUAAAAGACAACCAAUGAACGACAACAUGACCCACACUAUUUUCCUUCCUGAGUAAACAACUGUUUCUUUGGAAAUCUCUUCCCGUUCAAUUUUGUGGAAACAAAGGUAAACUAUGUGGAGUACAAUAAUAAUGACAAAAGUUGCGCGUCCGUCAGGUACGUCAAUUGGGACGGGGGUAGCAAAAAAAUUUAGGCCUACACACAAAGCCCACUUUCCACUUGAGAAAUUAAUAAAUUAUUGGUAAUCCAAAGUCCCUUUCCAUCCUCACCUCUAAUAUCUUGUCAAUGUAGGUAACAUCAAUUUGAGCUGCUUUAAAUUUCUAAUCUAGAAUGGGGCCUGGUGGAAGUCACAGGACUCUAGGGCCCAAAUAAUCUAAUUAAAGGAUACCGACCCUCAAAUGGUCUGAAGCUUGCAAAUAAUAAAGCGGAUUUAAGAUUACCCAAGAAACGGCCGUUAAGAGACCCUUUCCGGUCCUGGGCACCGGCCGGUGAAAUCCGCGGAGGUGGAGAGGGGGAGGGGAAACGCGGCUGCGGAGGAGGAGCUGAGAAAGGAACUAGGCCCGUCCCCGGUGGACAACCAGGCCUACAAGUAGCUAAAGCUUUCAUUUUCCUUUUAAAUUCCUGCUUUGCAAACAGCAAUGACAGCCCGAGUACUUGUCGUUGGCAAUGGAGGAAGGGAACAUACACUGGCCUGGAAACUUGCACAGUCUGAUCAUGUCAAACAGGUGUUGGUUGCCCCAGGAAAUGCAGGCACUGCCUGCUCUGAAAAGAUUUCAAAUACUGGUAAUGCCAUCUCAAUCAGUGAUCACACUGCCCUUGCUCAGUUCUGCAAAGAUGAGAAAAUUGAAUUCGUAGUUGUUGGACCAGAAGCACCUCUGGCUGCUGGAAUUGUUGGGAACCUGAUGUCUGCAGGAGUGCGAUGCUUUGGCCCCAGAGCAGAAGCAGCUCAGUUAGAGUCCAGCAAAAGAUUUGCCAAAGAGUUUAUGGACCGACAUGGAAUCCCAACAGCACAAUGGAGAGCUUUCAACAAACCUGAGAAGGCCUACAGCUUCAUUAUGAGUGCAGACUUCCCUGCUUUGGUUGUGAAGGCCAGUGGUCUUGCAGCUGGGAAAGGGGUGAUUGUUGCAGAAAGCAAAGAAGAGGCCUGUAAAGCUGUACAGGAAAUCAUGCAGAAUAAAGCUUUUGGAGCAGCUGGAGAAACAAUUGUCAUUGAAGAACUUCUUGAAGGAGAAGAGGUGUCUUGUUUGUGCUUCACUGAUGGGAGAUCUGUGGCCCCCAUGCCUGCAGCACAGGACCAUAAGCGGUUGCUGGAGGGAGAUCAUGGCCCCAACACAGGGGGAAUGGGAGCCUACUGCCCAGCACCUCAGGUUUCUAAGGAUUUGUUGCUAAAAAUAAAAAAUACCAUUCUUCAGAGGACGGUGGAUGGCAUGCGGCAGGAGGGUAUGCCAUACACAGGUGUUCUCUAUGCUGGUAUAAUGCUGACCAAGGAUGGCCCAAAAGUUCUGGAGUUUAAUUGCCGUUUCGGUGAUCCAGAGUGCCAAGUGAUCCUCCCACUUCUUAAAAGUGAUCUUUAUGAAGUGAUUCAGUCUACCUUAGAUGGCCGGCUCUGCACAUCUCUGCCUGUUUGGCACAAAAACCGCACUGCCGUAACUGUUGUCAUGGCAAGUAAAGGUUACCCAGGAGACUACACCAAGGGUGUGGAAAUAACAGGGUUUCCUGAGGCUCAAGCUUUAGGACUAGAGGUGUUCCAAGCAGGCACUACCCUAAAAGAUGGCAAAGUGGUGACUAAUGGAGGUAGAGUCCUUACAGUAACAGCCAUCCGGGAAAGUCUCAUCUCAGCCCUUGAAGAAGCCGAGAAAGGACUAGCUGCUAUAAAGUUUGAGGGAGCCACUUACAGGAAGGACAUUGGCUAUCGUGCCAUAGCUCUCUUCCAACAGCCCAGGGGCCUGACUUACAAGGAAUCUGGGGUAGACAUUGCAGCUGGAAAUAUGCUUGUCCAAAAAAUUAAGCCUUCAGCAAAAGCCACCUCCAGACCAGGCUGUGAUGUUGAUCUUGGAGGUUUUGCUGGUCUUUUUGAUCUGAGAGCAGCUGGUUUCAAAGAUCCUCUUCUGGCCUGUGGAACAGAUGGUGUUGGAACUAAACUGAAGAUUGCCCAGCAGUGCAACAAGCAUGAUACCAUUGGUCAAGAUUUGGUUGCAAUGUGUGUAAAUGAUAUUCUGGCACAAGGAGCAGAGCCCCUCUUCUUCCUUGAUUACUUUUCCUGUGGAAAACUUGACCUCAAUACAACUGAAACUGUUAUCACUGGAAUCGCUAAAGCUUGUGGAAAAGCUGGAUGUGCUCUCAUUGGAGGUGAAACAGCAGAAAUGCCUGACAUGUAUCCCCCCGGAGAGUAUGACCUAGCUGGUUUUGCUGUGGGUGCCAUGGAGCGGGAUCAAAAACUCCCUCACUUGGAAAGAAUCACCGAAGGGGAUGUCAUUAUUGGAGUGGCUUCAUCUGGUCUACACAGCAAUGGGUUUAGCCUUGUGAGGAAAAUUAUUGCAAAAUCUUCCCUCCAGUACUCCUCUCCAGCACCAGAUGGCUGUGGUGACCAGACCUUAGGGGACUUACUUCUUACUCCAACCAGAAUUUACAGCCAUUCACUGUUACCUGUCCUACGUUCAGGGCACAUCAAGGCCUUUGCCCAUAUUACUGGUGGAGGAUUGCUAGAAAACAUCCCCAGAGUCCUUCCUCAGAAACUUGGGGUGGAUUUAGAUGCCCAGACCUGGAGGAUCCCUAGGAUCUUCUCGUGGUUACAGCAGGAAGGACAUCUCUCUGAAGAAGAGAUGGCCAGAACAUUUAACUGUGGCAUUGGGGCUGCCCUCGUGGUAUCAAAGGAUCUGACAGAGCAGAUUCUGAGGGACAUUCAGCAGCACAAGGAAGAAGCCUGGGUGAUUGGCAGGGUGGUUGCAUGUCCUGAAGGUUUUCCUCGUGUGAGAGUCAAGCAUCUGAUUGACACCAUGCAAAUAAAUGGAUCAGCUUUGGAGAAUGGCAUCCUGAAAAAUCAUUCGUUUGUCCAACCAAAAAGGGCAAGAGUGGCUGUCUUAAUAUCUGGAACAGGAUCUAACCUCCAAGCUCUCAUUGACAGUACUAGGGAACCAAGUAGCUCUGCACACAUUGUUGUCGUUGUCUCUAACAACGCUGCUGUGGCUGGCUUAGGUAGAGCAGAAAGAGCCGGGAUUCCCACCAGAGUAAUUAAUCAUAAGUUAUAUAAAAGUCGUAUAGAAUUUGACACUGCCAUUGACCAAGUCCUAGAAGAGUUCUCCACAGACAUAGUCUGUCUUGCAGGAUUCAUGAGAAUUUUAUCUGGCCCCUUUGUGAGAAAAUGGAAUGGGAAAAUGCUCAACAUCCACCCAUCCUUGCUUCCAUCUUUUAAGGGUUCAAAAGCCCAUGAGCAGGCCCUGGCUGCUGGUGUCACAGUCACUGGGUGCACUGUGCACUUUGUAUCUGAAGAUGUGGAUGCUGGACAAAUUAUUUUACAAGAAGCUGUUCCUGUGAAGAGGGAUGACACGGUUUCAACUCUGUCUGAAAGAGUAAAAUUAGCAGAACAUAAGAUAUUUCCUGCAGCCCUCCAGCUGGUGGCCAAUGGAACUGUACAGCUGGGAGAAAAUGGCAAGAUCUGCUGGGUCAGAGAGGAAUGAAGUCUGAAGUCUCCUAAAUCAGGAAGGGAGCCAUUUUUUAAAGAAGUCUGGUUGUUUGCAUGGUGCCUCAACCCAAAAGAAAAACUGCUAAAAAAGAAGACCUCACCCUUACCUCUUUGGCCAUUUUUUUAAACAUCAGAUUUAUUAAAAACAAGACUAGUUCAGCAUAUCUAAGACAUACAUGUAUCAUCCUCAGUAGUCUUCCAGGUUUUACCAGUUCAGGACCUUCCUGUUCAUAAUCAGGCUAGUAAUUCAGAAUUCCUUUAACUUUCAGCCAAACAAGUUAACAAAACUCUUAGUUUGUCUUAUCCUCUUUUUCUGACCAAUAUCAACCUCCAUUUUUUUUGUUGUUCUAUCUUCUCUAAUCUAAUCAAGUUUAAAGGGUUAAUAUCUUUUCUGCAAAUUGUAUAUCUGUGCCAGUUUGAAUUAAGACUUCUCUAAUUAUCCUGAUCAUAAUUUAAUGUCAUAAAAUUUCUGGGUAGCUCCCAUUUCUGGGGGAUAGUGUACUUUGUGCUUUGUAAUAUCAUUAACCAGCCCUCUAAUUACUGACAGUUACUAUAAUACCCAGAUUUCUGCUUCACAGGUACUCCAUGGAUUAUAAACACCAUACUUUUAUAAAUGACUAGAGAAUUAAAGGGGAAGUUUUGCUGGCUUCUAGAUUCAAACUUAGGACUUCGGGCAUAUUACUCAUCCUCUGUGCUGUUUCCCCAUCUAUUAAAGUAGACAAAUGCCUGUCAUAUGGUUAGUGGAAGUCUGGUAGGUGCUGUUUGGGAGGAGUAAGGGCACUGCCAAAUAAAAUGGAGAGCAGUCCAUCCAGACUAGUAAAGAGUGUGAUGGCACUGUAUGUAUUUCACACUCUAGCCAGUCUUUUCCAUUCUGGAUGUGCAAUUCUGGAACCGGGAGGUUAGGUAGACAUGGUGGGCACAUGUGCAUGACUCUGCCCAUAGGGCACCAAGCUUGGUACACGUUUCUACCAAAGCUGAAUGAACAAGGAAUGGCCACUUGGUCCAAAGCCAGCCAAACAUCCUUACAGCCUUCGAGAUAGUGUUGCCUAAGCUCUGCCUGCGCAGCUGUUGUAUACAUUACUGGGAGGGUACUUGGAGGCCCUGUUCAAAUCUUCCCUUGGAGUUUAAACUCAAAACCUAAUAGCAAAGGACUCAGAGUAGUUAUAUAUAGGAGAUAGUAAACUCUAGCCUUAGGACAGGAAAGAGUAGAGGGUUAAGAGAACAGAGACCUUCUGUAGACCUUAACCACUGCUUCUGGGCAGCUGGCCAGUGACUACCCUUGCUCACAUUGACUGCAGUCAGCAACUGCCAUCCAAAGCAAGAUGCAGGUGUGUCAUUUCACAUAUGUCCUUUUAAUGUAAAAAUAGGAUUCAUUUAAUACUUAACUGCUGUAUGACUCCUACCCCCUGCCAGCUACCCAUAGAUAUCACCAAAUUUAACAUUAAGGACCUAUUAAACAGGCCAAACACUUCCCUGUGAAGUUUAUAGAAAGUUAAAAGAUACAAAGGAAAAUAUUAGUUGAUAAAAUCACACACUGUAAUUAAAUUAGAGUCUAGUACCAGGAUGUAAAUUUGAAAAAUGAGUGCGAACUUGCAACUUCAGAAAUACAAUUUUUAAGCCCUUUGAUACUAAUCUCCACUAAAAAGAACCUUGGCUCUAUUUGAAGUAGCUGAGUCCAUAUCUUGGGACAGGGAGAAUCGAAAUACGUCUGAAAUAUCUGGUUGCUGGGAACAAAAAAAAAACGCUUGGAAAUAGGGAUUGAUACUGAAAGAACAAAGGAAUCAGUUUAAAGAGCAUCCUACUGUCUAGUUUGAUAAGAUGAGUAUUUGGACAUGUUGAGUAUGUAGACAGUCAUUAGUUUAUGAUGAUACUCAGAAAAGGUCAUUUAAAUUGUAAAAAGGUCAUACUGCAAGGGUAAAAAGUGUUAAUAUUUGCUUCAUGCAAUAAACACGGAUUUUUUUUAA